CUCUACUUCUCACACUCUCCACCCCUACCCCUUUCCUUUUUUGGCACAAUGCCGAGCAAACGGAAGGCUUCUACACCGAAGGCUUCUACGGCGGCGGCGGUGACGAAUAAGAAGUCAAAGGGACGUGCGGUGGAAAAGCCGGAUCCAGUAGUGGAAGCGGUUUCUUCUACAGUUGAGUGUGAUUUCGUAGAAGAUGAAGUAGAAGUUGAGGAAACAGAGUGCGAGAGCUCGAACGAAGAAUCGUCGUCUGCUCAAAAGGUGAGAAGAGCUGCGCAAGCGAAUGACGAUCAGGAGUGUGAGUUUUCUGGUGAUCCGAUUUCGGUUAGAGACGCUAUGCAGAAAUGGCCUCAUCGCUACAUUAAUCACAAGGAUAGAGUGAAAGCAAAUGGUAAACCUAUGACCUUAAAUGACCAAGAUGAUGCCGACCAAUUAAUCCAGGCUAAGUGUCAUUUUACCCAGGCAGUGGUUGAUGGUCAGAUUUACAAUCUCGGGGAUGAUGCCUAUGUACAGGCUUCAAACGAUGAAGAUGAUUAUAUAUGCAAGAUUGUUGAAUUUUUUCAAGCUGUUGAUGGUAUGCAGUAUUUUACUGCUCAAUGGUUUUACAGAGCCAAAGAUACUGUAAUUAAAGCUCAUGACCAGUUUAUCGACAACAAACGUGUAUUCUUUUCUGAAAUCAAGGAUGAUAAUCCUCUUGGUUGCCUUGUAAAGAAAAUCAAGAUUGUUCCUAUACCCUCAAAUGUAAGGCUACCGCUCAAGGAAAUUUUGAUAUCAAAUUCUGACUAUUUCUAUGACAUGAUGUACCUGCUUCCAUACUCAUCAUUUGUUAGCUUACCACAAGAUGUUUCGAGCCCCAUUAGUGAAUCAGAUUCUACCAUAUCUAGCGAUAGUGAUACUGUAGAUGUCAAAGAACAGAAGCUUGAAAAGAACCUCUUGGAUCUCUAUUCAGGUUGUGGAGCAAUGUCCACUGGGUUGUGCCUGGGUGCUGAUAUUGGUGGUGUUAAGCUUGUUACUAAAUGGGCUGUUGACCUAAAUCAAUAUGCCUGUGAUAGCUUGAAAUGGAACCAUCCAGAGACUGCGGUAAGAAAUGAGUCUGCUGAUGAUUUCUUAUUACUUUUGAGGGAGUGGAGGCAGCUUUGUGCAUCUUGUUCAUUGUUGAGAAAUAAUACCCCGACACACCCUUUUCUGAAAGUAAGAGAUGAGGAUGAGGAAGAUAACAAUGAUAAUGGAGAUGAGGACGAGGGAUCUGGUGAUGAUGAACAAGGUGAAAUUUUUGAGGUGGAAGAGCUUUUAGAAAUUUGCUAUGGAGACCCAAAGGAAAUAAGUAAGCCUGGCCUUUACUUUAAGGUACGUUGGAAGGGUUAUGGCCAAGAGGAAGACACUUGGGAGCCAAUAGAGGGCUUAGAUGGUUGCCAAGAGAAAAUAAAGGACUUUGUGGCCAAGGGCUUCAAAGCAAGUAUUUUGCCAUUGCCUGGGGAAGUAGAGGUCAUAUGUGGGGGACCUCCUUGUCAGGGAGUAAGCGGGUUUAAUCGCUUUAGGAACUCAAAGAAUCCAUUAGGAGAUUCGAAAAAUAAACAACUUGAAACAUUCAUGGACAUUGUGGAGUUCUUGAAUCCACGAUUCGUUUUAAUGGAAAACGUAGUAGAUUUAGUCAAGUUUGCAGAUGGGUUUCUAGGAAGAUAUGCGUUGGGUAGACUUGUUGGAAUGAACUACCAAGCACGGAUGGGAAUGAUGGUAGCCGGGGCUUAUGGACUUCCACAAUUUCGUAGGCGUGUCUUCAUGUGGGGUGCUCUUCCUUCAGAGAAAUUGCCACAAUAUCCAUUGCCCACACAUAAUGUUGUUGUGAGGGGUGGAAUGCCCAAAGAAUUUGAGUUAAAUGUCGUAGCAUAUGAUGAGGCCUUGAAAAUUGAGCUAAAGAGAGAACUUUUUCUUAAGGAUGCAAUUUCAGAUCUUCCUCCUGUGGAAAAUGACGAACCAAAGGACGAAAUGCCUUAUAUUGAUGAAGCCAAAUCUACCUUCCAACAUUUCAUAAGAUCAAGGAGAGAUGGGACAUUAGGGUCUGUUUUGUAUGAUCAUCGGCCCCUUCGGUUAAAUGAAGAUGACUAUGAGCGUGUAUGUCAAAUUCCCAAGCGGAAGGGUGCAAACUUCAGGGACCUGCCUGGGGUUCGUGUUCGUGCUAACAAUACUGUUGAAUUGGAUCCAGAUGUAGAAAGAGUAAAAGUUGCUUCCGGAAAGCCUUUGGUCCCUGACUAUGCGAUAACUUUUGUUCGUGGUACUUCCACAAAGCCAUUUGGUCGUUUAUGGUGGGAUGAAAUUGUUCCAACAGUUGUUACAAGAGCAGAACCCCACAAUCAGGUCAUAUUACAUCCAGAGCAGGACAGAGUUCUUACUAUCCGUGAAAAUGCACGGCUGCAAGGUUUCCCUGACUACUACAAACUGACAGGGCCAAUAAAAGAAAGGUACAUGCAAGUAGGAAAUGCAGUUGCAGUACCAGUGGCUCGGGCUUUAGGGUAUUCUUUAGCGCUGGCAUUGGAAGGAUUGUCGGGAGAAAAACCCUUACUGUCAUUGCCACCUAAUUUUCCAUGUCUAGAGGAACUGGGCUCCAAUGAGGAAUCUAUAGAUUAAAUUUAACUAUUUGACCAUCACACAAGCUAUUCACCCGUAGGAAGAUUUUGGGACUGAUCAUUCCAAUAUAAAUCAUUCAUUGCAAAAUUAGGCCAAUGGAGAAGUUGGGAAAAACAUUGAUUUUUUGUAUGUAUCACUUACUGCUAUAUUCGUGAUUCACAGUUUAGUUGCUUUGGCAUAAAUGAAGGCACAAUUUAAUUAUUUUGAUUAUUCAACAUAUAUGCACUUAUAAUGUUAAGAUGUAAUGAUUUGAAGCCUGAAGGGCUGUGACAUACAUUUUGCUUUGA